GUGUGCGAUGCCUUUCGGCUGGUAGAUUGACACCACACGAGAAGAAACACGCGACUUGGCUGGGCCCCGCACAGAACCUUCAAAACACAACACAGCAGAAAAAAAUAUAAGCGAAGAGUAGACAAAACACACGACGAUGAUACGAAUAUAAACUUAUCGAUCGGCGAGCAGAAAACCAUCGUCCGCGGUAGGUUGAUUUGACUAGAGAGUGCGAAAUAUCUCAACCAAGAAGACUUAGUCGUCGUCGUCGUCGUCGCUGCCGGUGAUCUGCUGUAAAUUGGUCUUCCUGAUUGGUGCAAGUUAAAACGUACGAUAAAAGGUCUUUCAAAGUUUCGACUCAAAAAAUAAAAAAUCCGCAGAAUGUCGCUGUCCAGCCUGUACAAGCGUGCCUUGGUCAAGUAUCCGGUGCUGAUGCAGUCGGUGCAGUCGGGCCUCCUGAUGGGAACAGGCGAUGUUAUCGCUCAGACGCUCGUCGAGAAGAGGCAGCUCAACCAGCUGGACGGCAUGCGAGCAAUUCGCUUUUUCGGCAUCGGAUUUGUCAUUGGGGGUCCCGGCCUACGCAAAUGGUACGGCGUGCUGGACAAACACGUAACCGGUCGCACCAAGGCAACAACCACGCUCAAAAAGGUGGCCCUCGAUCAGCUCGUUUUCGCGCCGAUCUUCCUCGGAACGCUCAUCGGGACGAUCGGCGCCCUGCAGGGUAACAACCGGGCGGAGAUCGAACGGAAGCUGCGCAACGAGUACACCGACAUCCUGCUGACCAACUACUACAUCUGGCCGUGGGUGCAGCUGGCCAACUUUUAUCUCGUGCCACUAAACUACCAGGUGCUGCUGGUACAGAGCGUUGCCGUGUUCUGGAACACGUACCUCUCGUGGAAGACCAACUGUGGUGACGCGGGCAAAGUGAUGGCCGUCCGGACGGAGAAGGUUGCUGCGUCGUCGUCGUCGGCGGUGGUAGUGGAGGAGGUCGAGGGGAAGGCUUUCUGAAAGUAAACCCCGGUUGUUGCCUCCGAGAUGGGUGAAUGUGAUAACAAACAAAACAGCCGUUGCUGAAAAGAUAGAGAGGUUGAUCCUGCUUUAACGUGACAUAUUAUUCCUUAGGGCGAAAGUUUUAACGAUUGUUUGAAAAUGUAGUAUCAGUGAUUCAAUGAAAUAAAUUAACGCUAGAGCUAUUGG